UUCAACAUGGUAUUUCCUCAAUUCGCUGCUGAGCCUAGGAAUGUGUAUCUAUGUUUGUGUACUGAUGGAUUUAGUCCGUACGGACAGUCUGGCAUGCAGUAUUCAUUAUGGCCAGUUAUACUUUCUCCGUACAACUUACCACCUGAGAUGUGCAUGAAAAGAGAAUUUAUGUUUUUGACAUUGUUGAUUCCUGGGCCAGAACAUCCGAAGAAGAGUUUUGAUGUGUAUUUACAGCCGCUCAUUAAGGAGUUGAAGGAUUUGUGGGACAUUGGAGUCCCUGCUUACGACGUAAGUGUGAAACAAAAUUUUACACUGAGAGCGGUUCUUCUUUGGACGAUCAGUGAUUUUCCGGCGUAUGGCAUGCUAUCGGGAUGGAGCACACAUGGAAGACUUGCAUGUCCGUUUUGCAUGGAGGAAACAGAAGCGUUUCAGUUGAGACAUGGGAGAAAGACGUGCUGGUUUGACUGUCAUCGCAGAUUUCUUCCAAGGAAUCAUCCGUUCAGACAAAAUCGUACGCUUUUUACCAAAGGGAGAAGUAAAGAUAACAUCAACUCGAGGAAGGACUUGAAAGACAUAUGCAAGAGAAAAGAGUUGGAGUUGACACGUGACAUCCUCGCGGGUUUCAAAUCGCCUAUAUUCAACUUCUUGUAA